AGAGAAAAUAUGGGCAGCAAUUCCAAAACAAAAAUGGACAUCGACCCCGACUCCGACUCCGACUCAAUAGAAAUUACCUCCGUGCUCCUGGGCUAUGCAGAGAAAGAAUCCACAGGCGAUACCUCCAGCCAUCUCGGUGGUGAACCAGUAACGUUUCCCUUCCAUUCCCACCCCUUCUUCACCCUGACUCUUUCGAAUCCCUACAAGUUCACUAACUCGCUGACCAUUGUGUGGUUACAGACAUGGCUACACCCCAAUUCACCCCCAGAUCCUCGACUAGCCAAGUGCGAGCAUUGCAACAAGAUGAUGUCGCUGAUACUGCAACUCAACGGCGAAAUCCCCGAGAGCCCGCACGCGAGGAUGUUCUACCUGUUUGCUUGUAUGACAAAGACAUGUCGGCGGAGGAGGAAUUAUGCAAAAGUGCUUCGAGCAGUGAUGCGCUCCACGGAGAUGCCAAAAGAGCCUGAGCUACCUGUUAACGCCCCCAAGAAGGAAGACUUCCCAGGGUUCGAAAAGCAGGCGGUUCAACAUGGGGACUUCCUUUUUGGUGGAUCGUCGAAACCAGCUGCUCGAUCGAACCCGUUCUCACUGGGAUCUACGGCGAGUAACUCAAACCCUUUCUCCACACAGUCCGCAGCGAAUAACGCAAACCCCUUCUCUUCAUCUAUUACCACCCCAAAUCCACCUUCCUCACCCCCGGCACAAAAAUCACCACAUGCAGCUCCACAAACCGGCACAGAGUCCUUAACAAAGUCCUUCGCCGAAACCCUCAAACUCGCCGAAGGUGGUCUCCCUUCCCACGAAACUGGAAACACCCGGUACUUCGGCCCUGCCGAACCCUGGCCUGAGAAACUCCCCCAUGAAUACCCCCUCUUCUACCUAGACGCCGAAUACGAAGCUAUAGAGAAAACCAUCGGCUUGAAAGCCCACCAACUCAAGAAGUACGAAAGAUUAAUCUCUCAGGCCGAAAACGAUGAUGACGAAAAAGAAGGCGAGCCUGGCCAGGGCAGUAACACCCCUUCCAAUGAUCAGAUUGACGACGACGUAUUCCAGAGAUUCGCCGACCGGAUAGCGAACAAUCCCGAGCAGGUGCUGCGGUACGAGCGUGGGGGCGCCCCGUUGUUCUACGCGGUGUCGGACGAUGUUGGGAGGCUGCUGAAUCCGAACGAUGAGGGAUUCCUAGCUACGCGGAUACCCAAGUGCGGAAAUUGUGGAGGCUCUGUGAGGGUGUUUGAGUUUCAAAUCACGCCUCACGCCAUCGCUGUUCUUGAGGGUGAUGAGGCAGGUUUCGACGGGAUGGAUUGGGGGACUAUCAUGGCUUUCACUUGUAAAUGCGUGCCAAAGGUUCUGGACAGGAACGGGGUUGGGUAUGUUGAGGAGUAUGUUUCCGUGCAGUGGGAGAAACAGAGGUAGCCCGACAAACCUGUCGUAAC